AAGCAACGUGCCUCAGUACUGAAUACGUGCUAAAAACGCAGUUCGCUCAGCUUGUCGACAAAUCGUGUUAGGAGAUAUAUCAACUUGUGUUUUCUUUUAAAGUUUUUGGCCUCGUUGUAGCCGACUUUAAACAUGUCUUCUGUUGGAGUUCGUGCUGUGCAGCUCCCAGCCGCAGAGAACCCCGUGAGGAUGGGUAAAGCCACCGCGGGUGUGAGGAGAGCUGCUCUCGGAGAGAUCACCAACUUUAAAGCAGCAGCAGCAGUCAACACCAAGAGGACGGGCCCUGCCAAAGCUUCAUCCAAAGCCUCAGUGAAACCCUCCAGUGCCCCUAAACCUAAAGCUGUGGUGCAGCCCAUUGCACCGGCCCCGGCCCCUGCCCCUGCAGAUCCCCUCCCCACAGUCUCAGAGGAGUCCGCUGAUGUGUCCAUGAAGGAGGAGGAGGUGGAGGAGGAGCUGUGCCAGGCUUUCUCUGAUGCGCUGCUCAAUGUGCAGGAUGUUGACGAGGAGGACGCAGACUUGCCGCAGCUCUGCUCAGAAUAUGUCAAAGAUAUCUACAACUACCUGCAUGUCCUGGAGGUGGAACAGGCUGUACGACCCAACUACAUGCAGGGUUAUGAGAUCACUGAACGCAUGCGUGCUCUCCUGGUGGACUGGCUGGUCCAGGUGCACUCCAGGUUCCAGCUGCUGCAGGAGACUCUGUACCUCACAGUUGCCAUCUUGGAUCGAUUCCUCCAGGUCCAGCCGGUCUCUCCCAGGAAGCUGCAGCUUGUCGGUGUGACGGCUAUGCUGUUGGCCUGUAAAUAUGAGGAGAUGUACGCCCCAGAGGUGGGAGACUUCGCCUACAUCACAGACAAUGCUUUCACAAAGGCUCAGAUUCUGGAGAUGGAGCAGCUGGUUCUGAGGACCCUCAACUUUGAGCUGGGACGCCCUCUUCCUCUGCACUUCCUCAGACGGGCUUCCAAAGUGGCUGAUUCUGAUCUAGAGAGACACACGCUAGCCAAGUACCUGAUGGAGUUGACGCUCCUUGACUACAACAUGGUGCACUAUCGGCCCUCUGAGAUCGCUGCCGCUGCUCUCGCGCUCUCCCAGCUGCUCCUUAAAGCCCUGCCCUGGUCUCCUACGCAGCAGCACUACUCCACUUAUGACGCCGCCCACCUGAAGCCCAUCAUGCAGCACAUUGCCAAAAAUGUAGUGAUGGUCAAUGAAGGGAAGACAAAGUUCCAGGCCGUGAAGACUAAGUACUCGAGCAGCAAGCUGAUGAAGAUCAGCCAGCUCCCUCAGCUGCAGUCCAUCAUAAAGACCAUGGCGGCGGCUUUGCUCGGCAAUCCUUGACGUUUUACGUCUCAUCAUCAGUGGACAUUUCACUUGCACUUUAUUUGAUUGAUUACAAUCUGUGCAAACUACACUGCAAAUGUUUAAAUUUUUUUAGCUAAAUUUCGUUCAGAAUUUUAGCCACUGUUAACUAUUCUUUUUUUAUCCUGGUGAUGUUUUGAUAACUCUUUACGCUACAUAAGAUGUUCCUCCGAUGCACCUUGAACUGCAGUUUCAAUCAAACUGGAGUUUAGCUAAUGCAUUGCUUCCAAUCAGAAGUUGUUUGUACUAAGAUUGUUCUGGUUUCUUAAUUCUACCUCGUGGGUUGAGGCUUUAAUGUGUUUUUGCUUUCUUAAACAUUUGACGGAAAAUUAUUUUUUUGAGAUUACUCUUGUGUCAUGUGUAUUUAAUGCGUUUGUUGUACAAUUCUUCCACUUUGUUGGUUACAGUAUCUACUUUUUCAUAACUAAAGAGUUUAAAAUGGCUGAGGUUGUAUUUUAUUUUGGUUUUCUCGAGUCAUAUCUGCUGACUAAUCUGGAUUUGUAAAUCCAUUUGGUAACCAAUAAUGUGACUCCACUCACUUCGCUAUUUAUUUUCAACCAUUUCAAAAUGAUUAAACCUUUCAUUGAAUGAAAAUAAAAACUAUUUAAAACAAAAAAUGUAAACUUUUU